AUUAUACUUCUAACAAGCCAAACAUAGUGCAAAAGUCUAGUAGAAAAGAUGUGGUGACAAAGUGAUAGAAGGCAAAAGCUCGUUAUUGGCUAGAAAAUAGAAUAUUCGUCUCCUUUGCGCCUUGCUAUCGCCGACGCAGCUACAGCUACAGCUACGUAAGAAAUGCCAAAAUAGGAAACCAAACUAGUAGUAAAAGUGUGUUUGUUUUGCUGUUUGAAUUGGUUUGUCCGCAAGUCCAGUUUCUGAGUCCCCAACUCUGCGCCCCAUUCUUGCUCUCUCUGCCUCCGCCUGCAACACCAAUAUAGAGGAGAUGCAACACACAGAAGGGAAGGGAAGAGUUAAACCCUGCUCUUUCCAUUCCGGCAUUCAAAAAGCUUCAUAAGUAGUCUUUCAGGCAGACACUUUCUGUUCAUUUCUUUGCCCCCUUCUUGCUGAUGCUGUUUCUCAUGAUGAUAUUAUUGAAGAUGCAGCCGUCCUCGCCCAUGGGCGAGAUCGACACCAAACCCAUCAAAUCCGUUCAGGUAGCUCUUACCCUUUUCGAAGAGAAAGGGGACAAUCAGAAAAAAUUCGCCCCCACCUGGAGUAUGAACAGCAGUACCAACUCCACCCUUGAUCAGGCAGUAGAGAAAGCAAAGGAUAUGGAUGGGCUCUCAAAAGAGUUAUCAAACUGCAAGCUCCAACUUGAGGCAAAAGAUUCGGAACAAUUGCAGCUUCUUCGCAGGGUCGAGCACUACCAGAGCACAGUAGAGCAACUCACUUCUCUGUUGAAGGACUCCGAGUCCGAGAAAGAGUUCCACAUCCAACAGCACCUUGAAGCCGCCCUCCGGCUCAGCGAGCUGGGGGAUCAAGUAGCUGAGGCCGCAAAAUUAAGGGAGCAACUCUCUAACGUCCUCCACGAGCUGAAAUGCAAUCAGGGCGAGAUGCUCAGGAUCCAAGCCGAGCUCGCCACGCUCAAGGAUGAGAAGAACAAGGCCCUUGCAAGGGCCAAGGCUAUGGAAUCCAUGGCGAAUUCCAACAAGGGGAGAGCCGAGGAGCUGCUGAAGCAAGUGGGAGAUGCUCAAGUCGAGAUGACACUCCUGAAAUCGGAGCUCAUCAAGAUAAGAUCAAAGGCUGUUGUGGCCGAGGCGGUUGAGGCUAGAAACAAGAAGCAAGGGGGUGUUGGGUCAGUGAAACGGUCAACAACGCACAAUGUUCAGGGCAUUGUGGAAGAAGCAUCUGAAGGAAACCAUAGUACUCAUGAUGUGAAUUGUGAAGGGGGAGGAGGAGGAGGAGGGAAGGUCAUGAUUUCAUUGGUUGAUUAUGAGGCAUUGGUAGAGAGAGCUUCAACGGCCAAUCAGAGUUUUUGGAAGGACUAUGAUCAGUCAGCGGUGGAGUUCAGGACUGAGUUGGGGAACCUGAAGAAAGAAUUGGAAGGUGCAAUGUCCAAGAUCGGGGAGUUCAGGGCCAGGGCGGAGCAGGCAGUGACGAGGGCAGAUGUCGCGGAGAAGGCCAAAGUGGAAGUUGAGGAGGAGCUUAGGAAGCUGCGGGAAAGGAAGCAGAAGAGGAAGGCAGCGCUGGCUGCACUAAGGGAGGAAUCCUUGUCUGGAAAGUUCAGCUUCUUGCCUACUACAACUACUAGUACUUAUGCUCCUAACAAGCCGGCCAAUUCGUAUCAGCCGUUGGGUAAGAUCCUAAACCUGACUUACUAGCUAGGUUGGUUGAGGUCUUGUGUUCUGGAUUGAGAGGAAGUUGUAAGGAUAGUAGAAGCAAAUGAAACAGCAAUGGGUCUAAUGAUCUUGUUUUUGUGAAAACGCAUUCUUUCUUUCUGUCUUCCCUUUUGGGAAGGAAUAUCAUGGUAUUUGAUUGGUUUAAUUUAUUCGAGUGAAGCUUUAUACCAGUGUUAUUAAAGCCGAACCGAGCCGCUCGGUCCGACCGGUAGAACCGCCACCCGGUCACAAAAUCGGCUCGAAACAGUCUAAAAGCCGCUCCGGUUUUAUGUAGCGGUUGGCGAGCGGCCAAGGCAGUUAACCGCUCGAGCCGAUCGAGCUACUCGUCCGGUUUUUUCCAUUCAACCGUUAAAUUUAAUUAAAAAAUUACAGAAAAUUGA